AUGAGUAACAAUAGUAGUUUUAAAACAUCAUUGUUAUUUUAUUUUCAUUUAGCAACAUUUGUUGCAAUCUCUAUCGGUAUCAUACAAUUCUAUGUAUUCUACGUAGAUCAAAAAAUAAAUGGUGGAAAUCCACUUGGAAUGUUGACAUUCCUUACAUUCUGGGGACAAUGUCGUGAUUUGGUGUUCCGAUCGACUGCAUUCCCAGUGGGUAUCAUCAUUAGUUCGAUGUUCUGGGGAAUCUACCAUUUCGAUCAGGAGCUGAUAUUGCCGCGUCAAUUUGAGAUGUUGAUGCCAGCCUACUUGAAUCAUCUCCAACACACACUGCCAGGCGUGGCAAUGGUGUUGGAGAUGGCGUUGGUCAACCACCAAUACCACCGAUUCUUGGUUCCAGUGAUAGCCGGUGUUGCAUCGACCGCCAACAUCUACCAAGACAUAACACAACUCCUCUCAUUCCUGAUGAGUUACCUCGCGAUCUUGGUGAUCGCACGUUACAUCCAAGGAGUAUGGGUGUAUCCGAUCAUCGAAGUGAUUCCCACCCACUCAAAAGUAAUCUUUAUCUUUUCAUCGUCCUGUUUCUUCACAGCGAUCUAUAUCAUUUCGCGACAGAUCUCCAGAUGGAUUUGGGGUGGAGAGACCGAGUUCAUCGCACCAAAAGGUGUAAUCAAGAGUUUUACAAACAACAACAAUAAUAAUAAUAAUAUAUCAAAGAAAGUAAACUAA